AACACCUCGCACUCGGUCUCAUACCAUCAACUCGGCCAGACGUGGUUUUGGGUGCUGUUCUGCGUCUCUCCAGUCCUGGCGACGGGCCGUGUACCGACAUUCUCGCUCCUUUUUGUAGACUGCGGACUACCGCAGGUCGUCGAAUCAGCCUUGGCCGAUGACCGUACCCCCUCAAUCUCGAUAUCACCAGAGAUGGGAUUACACUCAUGAGUGAGUAGAUCCCGGUGAUUUCUCUAUAUCUCGGUGCACGAUGCGACACGCUUGUCUUUCUGAACAACACUUGCAGCGCUUCUUUACGUUCACCGCUCCUCCUUUGCCUAUGCCACCUCCAACCACCCUAAUGAUCCUAUUACGAGCUCUCAUGCACCGUCAUUCUUGGCCAGCUACUGGCUAGCUAACACAGUGCAUUUGGAAUCAUUUCUGCCCUGAGAGAGCAGUUCAAUGUGUUUCCGUCUGAGAUGGCUUGCUUCCGGGUGCUGUGGACGCAAGCUUUCUCUAUAUCGCGCAUUCUUCCCUUAUCAUGCCCCAGCUCCCGAGCUGGCAGGUCUGUCCCAAUCGUCGAGCAACUGACCAAGCGGGCGCUGCAUCUGUUCGAAGAAUCUCGCAAUGGCGCUGCAGUGAUGAUCUAGGUCAACAUCUUCGAGUCGUCCCGGGUCGAGAUCGACGAGAUGUUGCUCUUCAGCGGGAUAACGCGUGGGCUUCUGAUCAUCGUUCGCUUGCCAGGCGGUUGACUUUCGCGCAAAUCCCCCUUCACCUGCCUGCCUGGUUCAUAGCCUCAACACUUUUCGAGUGCAUCUUCGACACGAUCAGCAUGCAAGCCGUCUUCGAUCAUUCACCGGCAUAUCUCAAAGCCGACGGGCUUUUCAUCAAUCUUUGAAGGACUCUUUCUUACGGUGUGACGCGCAAUGCUGAACACUCAUCUCCCAACGGCUCUCGGGGGCAUUCCGAGCGAUGCAACAUGAUCAGGAAUACACCCAACGGGGAGAAGGUAGUUGCCCUGACGGAUAUGGUCGAGCGAGGAGAGCUCCGUGUGGUCAUCGACGAGGUUGUUGAGGUUCGCGAUGCCUUUUCGGCUUAUGAUCGGACGCUGGCACGGAAUGCGAUGGGAAAGACAGUCGUGAAAGUACAAGACCUGUGACUUGGACUGCUGACUGGAAUGAAUGAAGCGCGUGAUCCUUUCUUCAUCGAGUGAGAUUGCAGAAUGCGUCAAAGACUGUUUGUGCUCCUCCGUGCGAGCUUGGCCAACUGCUCUUGACGUGCCGUGAUCUGACCUCGAAGGGAAUGCACGUUACGCCAAAGGGAUACUAUGUAUGCGCACAAUUCGCCUCGCGAAGAUUCAGGCAUCAUCCCACGAGUUCCUUCCCGUGAAAUCAGCACUCAGCAGUUGUGAGUUUGACAAGCCAGGGACGCGUCCCCGAGAUUAGCCUUGAG